CCAUCAGGGAUCUCAGUCUUGAAAAGUAUCAUCAUCCUCGAAACCCUGCUGACAUGAAGUCUCUCCUGGUAAUGCUCGGCGCCAUCAUUGCUGCCUCCUACCUGCAGCUUGUGAUGGCGCUCCACCUCAGUGAAGCAACCUAUUUGGUGACCGUCAGCUCCCGUCUGACGGCAGGAAACCAAGAGACCGUCUGCGCUCUGAUCCAAACCCCCACAGAGCCCGUCACCUUGACCAUCACCUUGGACCUGGACUCUUCCAGUACCAAGAUCGGGGAGCUGUCUUUUCAAACUGAAAUUUACCGGUGCUUCCAGUUUAUGGUCCCUAUGGUGUCCAGCACAACUGUGGGAUCCAUCAGUGUGAAGAUUCGGGGUAGGGUGGACGUAACGACCAAGGAAACCAAAGUCCUGAUUGAACCUCCUGCUUUCAUCCACAUCGUCCAGACAGACAAACCCAUCUACAAGCCUGGACAGACCGUUCAGUUCCGGAUUGUCUCCAUGGAUACCAACUUUAUUCCCGUCAGCCGACAGUACAAAGAAGUGACAAUUCAGGAUCCCAACUCCAACCGCAUCGCUCAAUGGUUGAACGAGUCCAUCGAUGGAGGCAUUCUUGACCUUUCCCACCCCACCAUUCCUGAAGCGGCUCAAGGAAUCUACGUGAUCACUGCAGAGACGGACAAAGGAGAAACGAUAUCCUACAACUUUGAGAUCAAAGAAUAUGUUUUGCCAAAGUUUGAAGUAACUGUAAACCUGCCCAGUGUGAUCACCAUCCUGGAUGAGGAGGUAACAAUAGAGAUCUGCGGAAAAUACACGUAUGGGAAACUAGUUCUGGGAUCAGUCAAAGCAGAAUUUUGUAGACGUGCAAUUACUGGCUUCUGGUUGCGACCUUCGCAAUCAAGAGACAUCUGCAAGACAUUCCGACUCACCACGGACAAAAGCGGAUGUGCCUCAGAGACUUUACCCUUGGAAGGUUUUGGCCUUUAUGCGACCAACUACUUCGACUCGUUUGAGCUGACGGCUGACUUGGAGGAGUUUGGGACAGGUGUCACUCUUAAAGCCAGUGGAAGUGCCCGCUUCACCACUCGGGUCAGAACUAUCACUUUUGAGGACGUAUCGUCUGCUUACAAGCCGGGACUUCCCUUCAAUGGAAAGAUCAAAGUGGUUGGUGCAGACGGUAGUCCCGUUGUAUUCCAUGCAGUCUACCUAUAUAUCAAAGACUCACUGGCGUACACCUUCUAUACAGAUCAGAACGGCAUCGCUACCUUUUCUCUGGACACAUCCUUGUGGUCAGAAUCAGUCUCUCUCUCGGCAACCACUACAAUAAAAGAAACAAAUCCAAAACCCUUUCGUGGACUGCGACUUCCUGACUAUGGGACGGCCUACCACUACGUUAGAAGAUUUCACUCCACGAGCAAUAGCUAUGUGGGGUUCAGCGGGGACAAUGAGGACCUACCCUGUGACAAAGAUGGAUCCCUGUGGGCUCAGUACAUCAUCCAGGGGGAGGAUGUGAUGAGAGGACAGAGGUUUCUGAACUUCUAUUAUCUGGUGGAGUCCAAAGGGUCAAUUGUGCAACAAGGCGUUGUUCCUGGGCGGGUUCAAUAUGGAAUUGUUAAUAAGGGAUAUGUAAGAAUCUCCCUCAAGAAUGUGAUGGACCUGGCUCCAGUGGCCCAGGUGGCGAUUUACACAAUUGUAUCAAGCGGACAAAUUGUGGCCGACAGCCGGGACUUCCCCGUUCAGCUUUGCCUCAAAAACAAGGUGUCCUUGGAGUUCUCAGCUACCCAGGAGCUUCCAGGAGCAAAGACCACGUUGACUCUGCAGGCUCAGCCCAGCUCCCUCUGCUCCGUCAGAGCCAUUGACCAGAGCGUCCUCCUGCUCAAGUCUGAAAAGGAGCUCACAACCGACUAUGUCUACAACCAGCUGCCCGUUCAGAAAAUGUGGGGAUACGACUACAGGAUUGAAGACCGCAUCUCCUGCUCUUCUAGACCAUGGGAAAUAGCACGUAUUGGAUGGAAUGCAAUCCACAGAGCCCGCCGUGAUAGAAACUCACGCAUGAUUUUACCCAUCCCUGAGGGGGAUGACGUCCGCACUGUUUUUAAGAACAUCGGGGUCAGAAUAUUGACAAACUCUGACGGGAGAGCAUCAAGACGCUGCACUUCAAAUUUUCUUGGUAAGCCUAGUAGUUUUGAGUCCAUGCCAAUGAAAGCACCAGCGUCACCCCCAGAAGGGCAGAAAACGGAGACCGUAAGGACAUACUUCCCUGAAACCUGGAUCUGGGACCUGGUUUCUGUGGGAUCCAGUGGAUCCACCAGUCUGGAGAAGACCGUCCCUGACACCAUCACUAAGUGGGCAGCUGGAGCUUUCUGCGUGUCUCCUGCUGGCUUUGGCGUUGCCCCCAACGUUGGACUAACAGCCUUCCAGCCUUUCUUUGUCAGCCUCACUCUGCCCUACUCCGUGGUCAGAGGCGAGGUGUUCACUCUCAAAGCCACCGUCUUCAACUACCUCCCCAAAUGCAUCAUGGUGAAGGUAACUCUGGCCAACUCUGAUCAGUUCACCUUCCAGAACUGUGACGGCUGCGUCUACAGCAGUGUGUGUCUGUGUGCCGAGGAGAGCAAGACCUUCUCCUGGAUCGUGACUCCAACUGCUCUAGGUGAUGUGAGUCUGAAGGUUAGCGCUGAGGCUGAGAGGAGCCUCAAGAGAUGUGGCAAAGAGAAGGUCACAGUCCCUACUGAGGGUCGGAUCGACACUGUGAUUACCAACCUGCUGGUGGAGGCUGAAGGAGUUCCACAGAUGGUCAGCUACAACGCUCUACUGUGUCCUGCAAAUGGACCAGUGAGUAAAAAUAUCUCUCUUGAGCUUCCUGAGGAGUUCGUGACCGGGUCCGAAAGAGCCUCUGUGUCUGUUCUGGGUGAUCUCAUGGGCCGGGCCAUGAAGAACCUGGACAAACUCUUGGCCAUGCCGUACGGCUGUGGAGAACAAAACAUGUUGCUGUUUGCUCCCAACAUCUUUAUCCUGGACUACCUGAAGAGCACCGGACAGCUGAAAGACUCCACUCUGAAGACGGCUGUAGGAUACUUGGAGAGCGGAUAUCAGAGGGAGCUCAACUACAAGCACGAUGACGGUUCCUACAGCGCUUUCGGAAUGAGCGACGCGUCUGGAAACACCUGGCUUACCACUUUCGUCAUGAAGUCCUUCAAUGCUGCAAAAUCGUACAUCUUUGUGGACCAAAAGUACGUCCAAGACGCCAGAACUUGGCUGUCUGGACUCCAGAAGCCCGACGGCUGCAUCCAGUCUGUCGGGAGACUCUUCCACAACGGCAUGAAGGGGGGAGUGAGUGAUGACGUGUCCCUGACGGCCUACGUUGCUGCUGCCAUGCUGGAGCUGGACGGAAACGCCGACGACCCUGUGGUUCAGAACUGUCUAAAGUGUCUGCAAAGUGCAGCAGAAGAUAAUAUAACCAACCUGUACACCGUCGCCCUGAUGUCCUACACCUUCACUCUGGCUGGAGACGAGGACAUGAGGAGCAAACUCAUCACUCAACUGGACGAGGAGUCCACAAACGAAGGAGGUUCUAUUCACUGGAAGAGAGACGGUGCUUCUGAAACAGACCUGGACUCCGUGGAGGUGGAGAUGACGUCCUAUGUGCUCUUGGCUCUGCUCUCCGGUCCGUCUCUGCCAGACUUUGGUUUGGAUUACGCCGCCGGUAUCGUGCGUUGGCUCGCUCAGCAGCAGAAUCCGUUUGGCGGUUUCUCGUCCACACAGGACACAGUGGUGGCUCUCCAAGCUCUGGCCAAGUAUGCUAGUGCCACCUACAGUCCGGAGGGCAGUACUACAGUCACAGUGACUUCAGCUGGUGGUCUGAACAAACAGUUCACCAUAAAUAAUGAAAACAGACUUCUUUACCAAGAGGAGAAACUGAGUGAGAUUCCUGGAGAAUACACAAUCAAAGCUGAAGGUCAGAGCUGUGUUCUGGCACAGAUCUCAUUGUUCUACAACAUCCCUCCUCCUUCUGACUUCUCCGCCUUUCAAAUCUCCACUGACACCAGAGGUCGAUGUGACCUUCCCCGACCUGAGUUCAUGCUGUUUGUUCACGUCAAGUUUCAGGGCAGACGAGAGGAAACCAACAUGGUGGUGAUCAACAUUAAGCUGCUGUCUGGUUACAUUCUGCAGGACGACUCUUUGAAAAUGCUGAAGGAAAACCGCUUGGUGAAGCGUGUGGACGUGGAGGAAGGUUUCAUCAACAUCUACCUGGACGGGUUAAAGAAGGAUCAGGAGGAGACUUUGGAUGUGACCCUGGAGGAGGAUCAGCAGGUCGAAAACCUGAAACCAGCCGUGGUCAAAGUCUACGAUUACUAUCAGACAAGUGAUCAGGCCGUCACUGAUUACACUUCUCCUUGCAAAAAGUGAAGACUUUGACAUCCAUCUUCUAACCAAUGGGAGUUGUGGCACUGGAUGAAGUUUUAAAACCAAAAUAUACAGAAUAUACAGAAAUAUAAUGAAAAACAUGUUGCUCUGUUCUUAUUAUUUAGUAUUAUAAAGUGGCAACAGCAGUAAAAUAAUCCAAAUCUUGUUGAAGUGAACAGGGUGUGUUUUCCAAUCUUGGGUUACUCUUGAAUCCAUGUUGUAUACUACUGUUACUGUCAUGUGACCUGCUUGGCAUCUACACAGUGCAGGACUCAGAAACAGCACUUGGUGUCAAGUGUUAACAUCAUUCCCUUAUUUGCUUUGUGGUAAAGAUUUCUCUUUCUUCGGUUUUUUGGUGGUCGAA